AUGUCUGCAAGAUCGUCCACCGCCCUCUUCCGCACCGCCCUCCGCCCAACCUUUGCCUCUCGCUCUCUCGUUGCCCCUUUCAGCACCACCGUUUCGGCCCGGGCCACCACGUACGGCCACAAGGACGAUCUCGGCGGUCCCGGCGGACAACAGCAGCCGCCGCGGAAUCCGGGCGGCCCCGAAGCUCUUAAGCGUAACUGGUUGGCCAUUGGCGGUGCUGCUCUCGCCGUCCUUAUUGGCUACAACUUCUUCGCCAAAGACCCCGAGGAGGCGAGGAGGCAGCGUGACAAGACUCUUGGCGAGAUGAGUGGGAGGACAAAGACGGAGAUGGGAGGCUUUCGACAUGACUGA